CUUGUUAUAACUCUUCAUGGAGUUUUUUCUUUUUUGGAGAUUAACUUUUAUUUGAUAAACUUCACUUCUAUUUAACUCUUUUUUUUCCCCUUUUGGAAUCCAUGUUUCUUGAAUCACUUCAUGCAUUUCUUGAAAUCAAUGCAAACAUCCAGAAGAAGAACACCCUUUGAGAAAAGUUCCUAUCUUGACACUUUUCAAGUGAAAAAUAUUUGAUCUUUUUAACCAAUUUUUCUUUUGUUGUUUCUUGUAACUUGUUGAAAGUCUUGAUGGAUUUUUUUCUUCUUUGGAGAUUAACUCAUCUUUCCUUCUUUUUUCACAGAUACAUGAAUAAAGUUCACUUCUUUUUAACUUAUUCCUUUUGAAGUCCAUGUUUCUUGAAUUAGUUCAUGCAUUUCUUGAAAUCCAAAAACACAAACACCCUUUGAAAGUGUCUCUAUUUUGGCAAUUUCCAACAUCUUUCUUUUGGCUAAAAAAAGAUUAGAUUUGAUCUUUACCCAAUGUUUGGUUUAUGUCAAAUGGUUACUUCUUGUUAACACUUCCCAACAUCUUGAUAAAGACUUGAUCUAUAACCAACAUUUGGUCUUCAUUUAAAUGGCUACUUCUUGUUAACACUUUCCAACAUCCUUUUAGGCUGAAACAAGUAAAAAAGAUUUGAUUUUUAACCAACAUAUGGUUUCCAUUUUUAUGGCUACUUCUUGUUAACACUUCCCAACAUCCUUUUAGGCUGAAGCAAGUGAAAAAGAUUUGAUCUUCAACCAACUAUUGGUCUCCGUCUUAAUGGCAACUUCUUGUUAACACUUGCCAACAUCUUUCUAGCCUGAAACAAGUGAAAAAGACUUGAUCUGUAACCAAGAAUUGGUUUCUAUUUCAACUUUUCAAUGGCUACAUCUUGUUUCAAUCCGUUUAGGCUGAGAAGAUCAAGGAGAAAACCGUUAUCAGUUCCAUCCUCCUCCUCAAGAACACAGUGGAAUUCAUCCAAUAUAGAAACAAUGGAGAAGAAAAGAUUUGAUAGUUUGGAGUCAUGGUCAAUGAUAUUGGAAUCUGAUAAUGUUGAGACUUGGGAAACUUCAAAGGAGGAUCAAAAAGAAGAAUGGACAGCUGAUUUAUCUCAGCUUUUUAUUGGUAAUAAAUUUGCCUCAGGUGCACAUAGCAGGAUUUAUAGAGGGAUUUACAAGCAGAGAGCAGUAGCUGUGAAAAUGGUGAGGAUUCCAACUCAUAAGGAGGAGACUAGAGCUAAGCUUGAACAACAGUUCAAGUCUGAAGUUGCUUUGCUUUCUAGACUCUAUCAUCCCAAUAUAGUUCAGUUCAUCGCCGCAUGUAAGAAACCUCCUGUAUACUGUAUCAUCACAGAGUACAUGUCACAAGGAACUCUGAGGAUGUACCUCAACAAGAAAGAGCCAUACUCACUCUCAACAGAAACAAUUCUGAGGUUAGCCCUCGAUAUAUCACGAGGAAUGGAGUAUCUUCAUUCACAAGGGGUGAUCCAUAGAGACCUGAAAUCGAGUAAUUUACUCUUAAAUGAUGAGAUGCGAGUUAAGGUUGCAGAUUUUGGCACGUCGUGUCUUGAAACACAAUGCAGAGAGGCCAAAGGUAAUAUGGGAACGUAUCGAUGGAUGGCACCAGAGAUGAUCAAGGAGAAAUCUUAUACGCGGAAAGUUGAUGUUUACAGUUUCGGGAUUGUGUUGUGGGAACUCACAACAGCUUUGUUACCAUUUCAAGGAAUGACACCAGUUCAGGCUGCUUUUGCUGUUGCUGAAAAGAAUGAACGACCACCCAUGCCAGCAAGUUGUCAACUCGCGCUUGCACAACUUAUAAAGCGUUGCUGGGCAGCUAACCCUUCGAAGAGGCCAGAUUUCACAUACAUUGUAUCUGCACUCGAAAAGUACGAUGAAUGUGUCAAGGAAGGGCUUCCAAUGACCCUUCAUUCAGGGCUAGUUAGCCGGAACGCCAUUAUUGAACGCUUGAAAGGUUGUGUAUCCAUGAGUUCUUCAUCUAUACCUGUAAAUGUCUGAAUCUUUUAUCAAUCAAUCAAUAAUAAUUCUUAGUCAUUUAAUAUAUCUUUCUAAUUGUUCAAUAGGUACAUUGGUAAAUUAAUUAACUAGCUACUUGUAUAGUGUUUAUUUGAUGUAACAUUGUGUUGAAGAAAAGUCUAACAUUAUUGUGAAUGAUCUCAUGUAAAAUAGAGCCCCUAGGCCACUAUUUACGUCUCUGUCUUUGAAAAAUAGUCACUAUCUUGGAGUUUCAAAUUACACAGGUGAAAC